UUAUCAGGAGUCUAUUAUUCACUCCUUGCGAGAGUGAAUAAUUUCCCCCAUUAGUCUUCUCCGAGCCGUUCUUCAGUUCUAUGACUUAACAUAUUUUGGUAGCGUUAUUCUUCCUCUUUCCACCCUGCCAUCUCCCUUUCUUGCAGUUGAGCUCAAUGGAGCUGUCUCUCUUCCUCUUUCUCUACCUGCUGCCUCUGCCUGUGCUCACCUUUUCUACCUCCCCAGGGUAACCAGAAGUUAGGCUGUUGCAUAGCCUGCAAGAUGCCACUGCGUAACGUAGAAAGGCAAACUGUCUUUGAAGAGUGAGUGAACGGCUGCUAGUCCAGCUGCCAAUUCAGAGUCCAGUCCACAGGGACUCCAAAAUGUAUUACCUAAUUCUAUACGUUUCCAGUUACAGCGUUCCUAUAAUAUUUACUCAAUGCAUGUGACUUUGCGUUUACCAAAGUUGAAUGUUUUCUUUCAUCAGUCAUUCAAGAUCUUGAGUUCUUUCAAGAGUUCUUCAGAUUCCUAAUAAAUAACUCAUGAACAUGUCAAAGAGCAGAAAUUAUAGCCCAGCCCUUUUUGUGGCCUUGCUGGUAAACUCCCUUCCUCACCAAAAAAAAAAAAAAACACUUAUUCCUGUUGUUUUGGACUUCUUUUUAUUUAACUUUAUUGUUAAUACAUGAGAGGUUUUUCUGUGUGUUUUGUUUUGUAUGUAGUACAAGUUAGCUUCCCUGGGAGAUUUCAGUAAGGCACUUUGCUCAAACUCUAAUUUCCAAAAAUCUUAACAGCUGACCAGCUCACCUGUAGCAAGGUUCCUUCAGAGAUUUGGUUAAGCUUGCCUAUGUUCUUCAGAAACGGAGUUUCAUUCUUUCCCAUUUAGCACGAGGAUGAUAUACAAAGUCAGGUGAUAUGGAAAGUUCAGUGAACCCAUCCCUUACAGCUCAGGGGUUUUCAGAGCUAGAUGUGAGAGUGGAACAGAUUCUGGUUUUGGUGGUGAGAUGUUAAUGAGGUGCUGUUUACUUCCUGUCUAGCCCUCAUAACUUCUUACAGAUUGGCAUCAGAUACAGCACUUGAUUUCUUCUGGUAACAAAACCAAUUUUACAUAAUAGUUUUUGAAGGGCAUGACAAGAUGAGCAGUUUGGAUUUCUUUACACCUCCUCUGUAAAACUGCGUGACAUGUUUACUAUUCGUUUUGAGAAGAAUUUAACAAUCUUGUAUUAACAGUUGGAUUUGGGAUAAAUGAGUCUAUCAGAAAGAACAUUUCCAGGAUUGAAACCUUGUUAGCCUCUUCUGUUGUGAAGACGAAGAUAGUACAUAGCAUAAAAAUAUGCGUUAACUUUAAGAAGUUCUUUGACUUACUCCAAAAGCAUUCAGUAAGUAGGGAUGCUUCCAAGGAAACAAAGCUUUGUACUCAGUGUUUAUGUCCGUUUAGAGUCCUGAAUUUGUCCCCUGGAGCAUUUGUAUGAGAAACGGCUCUGUUUUCGAGACGUUUUAGCCAUGACUAAGAGAGAUGCAGAAGAGCUGAUAGAAAUAGAGAUUGAUGGAACUGAGAAACAGGAAUGCACUGAAGAAAGCAUAGUUGAGCAAACCUACACCACAGAAUUUGUGAGUCAAGCUAUUGAUAUCAAUGAACCAAUUGGAAAUCUUAAAAAGCUGCUGGAACCCAGGUUGCAGUGUUCCUUGGAUGCACAUGAAAUUUGCCUGCAAGAUAUCCAGCUGGACCCAGAUCGAAGCCUUUUUGAUCAAGGAGUAAAAACAGAUGGAACGGUACAGCUCAGUGUGCAAGUAAUAUCUAGGCAAGGGAUAGAGCCCAAGUUAAAUAUCCUUGAAAUUGUGAAGCCCGUGGAAACUGUGGAGGUAGUGAUUGAUCCAGAUGCUCAUCAUGCAGAGGCCGAAGCUCACCUUGUUGAGGAGGCUCAAGUGAUAACCUUAGAUGGAACAAAACACAUCACAACAAUUUCAGAUGAGACCUCUGAACAGGUGACGCGAUGGGCUGCAGCACUGGAAGGCUACAGAAAGGAGCAGGAGCGCCUUGGGAUACCCUAUGACCCUGUGCAGUGGUCAACAGACCAGGUGCUCCACUGGGUGGUAUGGGUGAUGAAGGAGUUCAGCAUGUCAGACAUUGACCUUAAUGCACUCAGCAUUCCUGGGCGUGAGCUCUGCAGCCUCACUCAGGAAGACUUCUUCCAGCGAGUCCCACGUGGAGAAAUUCUCUGGAGUCAUUUGGAACUCCUUCGAAAGUAUGUGUUGGCUAGCCAAGAACACUCUGGAGAAAUAGCAACCGUUACUAUUGAUCAGCCUGUGCAGAUUAUUCCAGCAUCUGUACAGCCUGCAACCCCGACCACCAUUAAAGUAAUAAACAGCAGUGCAAAGGCAGCUAAAGUACAGAGAGCUCCAAGGAUCUCUGGGGAAGAUAGAAGUUCCCCUGGGAACAGAACAGGAAACAAUGGCCAGAUCCAAUUGUGGCAGUUUUUAUUAGAACUUCUCACUGACAAGGAUGCUCGGGACUGUAUUUCUUGGGUUGGUGAUGAAGGAGAGUUUAAAUUGAACCAACCUGAACUGGUUGCCCAAAAAUGGGGUCAGCGCAAAAACAAACCCACAAUGAACUAUGAGAAGCUUAGUCGGGCUUUGAGAUAUUACUAUGAUGGAGACAUGAUCUGCAAAGUGCAAGGCAAGAGGUUUGUCUACAAAUUUGUCUGCGACUUGAAAACUCUCAUUGGAUACAGUGCAGCAGAGUUGAAUCGGUUGGUUACGGAAUGCGAGCAAAAGAAACUGGCCAAGAUGCAGCUUCAUGGCAUUGCUCAGCCAGUUACAGCAGUAGCACUAGCUACAGCAUCCCUGCAAACAGAGAAAGAUAACUAAGCACUAGGACCUAAAAGUGGGAGCCUGAGGCCUUUCCUAUAUAACCAGAGCAGUUGCUCUUAGUUUUAUCAGAAUUUGAAGCUUCUUCUGUUUCUUCACAGUACAAUACAGUGCAUGAUUUUCUACAAAGAACUGGGACUGCCAUAAAUUUGGAUCUUUUAACAGCAUAUAUUUCAGUGUAAGUUAAGGGAUCACCGCAACUUCUGCAACUUUGAGUCAGGGCUCCUAUGGUAUGCAGUCUGAAAUUGGUGAGAAAAGUUGAACUGGUCAGUGUUCAGUGCCCACAGCUCUAUGAAAUAUUUUUUGCAGUGCUUUUAACAAAAAUGAAGUACAUACAGUAAGCAGGCUGAUCAGUUUGUCUGGAUUCAGUUCUUUCCAGUCUUUUGUUCUCUGCUGAGCUACCAAAUGGAAUUUGAUGCUUUCAAAGUUAAACACGUUCAUCAUUCUCAUUUAAUCAAGCAGAGUUAAAAGACAUACUAAACAUUACAAAGCAUCAAGUUCUUAAAAUGACUUCCAUGUUUAUAAGCAAAGGAAACUAAGACUAGACCGAACGGAAGAUCUGUGCUGAAGCAGGAGAUCCAGGUUUAGAUCUGGCUUAGGUGAAAAGCCAAUUAUGAGUAUUCAUUGUAAUACGGAGAUAAUACGCGUAUAUGAGGGCAAGUACUUACCUGUUUUGAAAGACAUUGUUGAUGCUAGACAUUUAACAAAAAACAAUUCCCCAUCACUCCCCCAUCAGGUGAUUGGAAAACUUGAAAAAAUAUCCCUUGCCCAAAGAGUAUUUUGCUCUGGUGGGGUUUUUUAAUGUUCUGUUCUGUAAGGUGCUUACACCUGCAUGGUAGCCAACCUUAGUAACUGAAGACCUAAGUUAAUCACAGUCAGUAGUCCCUUCCUGUUCAGAAACCAAAUACAAAUUGGAAAUAGUUUUAAAGAGAAUUUAAGUUUGAUUUCCAAAUUAUUGUACAGUCUGACAUAUAUAAAAAUACAAAGAUAUGUAACUUUUAUUUAAAAUUAAUUUCUUUCUGAACUUCAAAUGAUGUUUUUGAAGCUUCAUAAGCCAAAUGCAUGCUCCAGAGCUGGGUGCAAUUCGAAGUCUGGAUGAUGAAUAGAAAUAGUUGGAAUGUAUUUUGAAUUCUGAGAUGCUAGUAUAGAGUGUAGUUCAUGCAAAUGUGCAGUGAAGAGUUGGCUGCAAUGUUUGAGCUUCUAUACUGAUGUCUAUUGAACUUCCUUUUGAUGUCUGAAAAUAGUGUGGUUUUGUUUUGGUUUUGCCCCUUCAUGUUAUUAAACUGUAUAAAUAUUUACAUCAGAAAGCAUAUUUUGCAACUCCUUAUAAUUGACACCCCCCCCAACACUUCACAGUUAAUUAAAAUGAAAAUGGUUAAGGGAAAACCUUUAAUUCUGUGAGAGUGAGCUAUCCUUAAACCUGAAAUGAAAAGUGCUUGUACAGAGUUUCUAAACAUAAAACUUCUUUAUACAGAGUAGUGAGAGAGCACUGAGCUGUUGCUCUUGAUCUGAAAAGGAAUGGUCAUACUUGUAGUCAGAGGGCAGGAAAUACAGAAUACUCUUUUUUAUGUUUAUUUUAAAAAUGCAUUGAGGACAAACCUGUUUUGUUUUAUAGGUGGAUGUUCAUCUGCAGAUAGCUUUUGAUACAUUAGAAAUCUUGCAUGUAUUUCUAGUCUACUUUUUUCAUUACCUCCACAGUUAUAAUAUUUUCUUGACAGAUUCUUUCAAUAACUCUUAAUAUUGUUUUCUUUCUUGGGUGCUUAAAGCACUCCAUCUGCUAAGCAUGUUGGCUUUUUUUUAAAUAGUUUUUUAAAACCCUGAGCAAAGUAUGUGUCUGUCACAAGAGGUCAAUCAUCAAUCCACUUCUUACUGUUAAAAUAGUCUAAUUCCACCAGUUGGCAAGUGUUUGAGGUGACUUGCGCAAAUAGAUGUAGAUUUGCUUACUAAUAGUAAGAUGAAGCUGAUAGUUCAGUGGCAGCUAUGAUGUAUAUAACACUGCUCCAUUACUAAACAGACGUCCAAAACAAGUCACUAGUUAUAUUUAGCAGAGUUCAUGAACGGCCUUUUAAAGUUAAAAUACAGUACAA